CCGGGGGCGUCCGAUGGAGAGGCCACACACUGAAGGGCACCUUACACAGCUGGGGAGGACAAUUAAGCAGACACAUCAGUGACAACAUAACCAAAGAAGUAAUAACGCACAGUUAUGAUAGGAAAAAAUAUGAACAGAAUGUGCAUAUGUACGACACGUGCAAAAGCUAUGUGGACUCCAAACAGAAGAUCUUUUACGACUACGUUAAGGAGGAAACACCCAUAAUAGUACCCACCAUAAGGGGAGGGCGGUAUUUUCCCCCUCGAAAAAAGAACAAGGAUGGUGAAGCGGAACUGGAUGGCUGCACACAAAGAGGAGGGGCCCCAAGGGAAAGGUACAGCGACGCAAGGGAAAGGCACAGUGACGCGAAGGAAAGGUACAGUGACCCAACGGGGAGUGAACAGGUAAAGGUAAAAUACCUGUGUGAGUACAAAAAGUGGAGUAAACUCAUAAGCAAAAGGGGCAGCAAUCGUGCGGUCAAGGACGAAACAGAAGGGGAGAUCCACACGGCUGCCGCGAACUAUGAAACGGAAAAGACGGGGGAAAAACAACCACAUAAGAUAGACCCACAAAUUAGCGAAGAAAAGAAGAACCACAUCAGUGAUGAGCUAAUGCACAUAAGUAUCGAUAACAGUAAGUUGUUCUACCCAAAUAGGAAAACGGAAGGAUGCCGCGAAAUGAAGGUAACCCAGUAUUGCUGGCACGAAGGGCUGUGCAGCUCCAGAUUUGCAUUCAACAAUUUAAGCAGAGGUAUUAUCCAAGUCAAUGAUCAGGUAGUGUUUCAAAAUGUGGUGGUUUCCCCGGGGAAGGACAAAGUGGAGUUAACCAAAGUAGGCAAAGAGCUCCUGAGGAACAAAAAUAUAACUAUCAUUUUGAAUAAGCCCAAAUAUUAUUUGUCCAUUUUGAACGACCACAAGGAAAAGAAAAAACUGCUGGCAAGAAAUUUAAUAAGAAAUGAAAAUAAGUUCAUUGAGGAGGAACACAAAUGCAUGAGUUAUUUUUUCAACAAAAAUGUGAAUAUCGAGAAGGUCAAUAAGUUAUAUGUGUGUGGAAGGUUGGAUGCCAACUCCACGGGUCUUCUGGUUUUUACUCAGAAUACGCUCAUCUGCAGUUAUUUGCUAAACAAGCACAAAUGCGACGUGGAGAAGGAAUACAUUAUCAAAACAGCCGAGCCGAUAGAAGAAGUUCAUAUGGAACUCUUACGGAAAAAUGCCCUUGUUGAUGGUAAGCUGAUAUAUAAAUGCCGCAUACAGUAUGUGGACUGCUUUACACUGUCCUUUACGCUUUACCAGGGCUUCCACAAAAUUAUUAGGAAGCUGUGCCUCCUUUCCAACAUCAAAAUUAAGGCCCUGCACAGGGUCAGGAUUGGUGGCAUUCACCUGAAAGGUUUGCCCCUCGGGAAGUGGCGCUUCCUCAUGCCCAACGAGUCUUUUUUUUUGU